UUAAAUGAACUCCGUCUGCAGGGGAAACUGUGUGAUGUGGUGAUCAAAGUAGAUGAGGCUGAAUUUAAGGUCCACAAGCUCGUCCUCUGCAGCUGCAGCCCAUACUUUCUAACUCUCUUUGACUCUCGCUGGUCAAACCCAGAGAGGAAAGUGUACAACAUCCCCGGCCUGUCGUCUGAUAUGAUGCGCCUAAUCAUCGAGUACACCUACACAGACUCUGUCCCUGUGACAGAGGAGAACAUAGAGGAACUUUUAGCAGCAGCAGAUCAGUUCGACAUCAAGGGCAUUGUAGACGCCUGCUGUGAAUUCCUGGAGAAGCAGCUUUGCUCAGACAACUGCAUUGGCAUCUGGAGGUUUGUGAACUUAUACUACUGCCCGGAACUCAAGCACAAGGCCCACCUGUUCAUCCUGCAUCAUUUUGAAGAGGUUGCUACCUCCGAGGAGUUCCUGCAGCUCUCUGUGGAGCAGCUGGCCGACUUCAUCCAGAAGGAUGAUCUCAACGUUAAACAGGAGAAAACGGUAUUUGAGGCAAUCGUCCGCUGGAUCAGCCACUUGCCUAAGGACCGUAAGCGCCACACCACAACGCUGCUGUCCAAGGUUCGCCUGGCCUUGAUGAGCACUGAGUACUUCAUCAAAAACGUGAAGAACCAUGCUCUCGUGAAGGCCAACUCUGAGUGCAGGCCCAUAAUCAGCAACGCCCUGAAGGCCCUGACCAGACUUAACACAGGCUCUAUCUUAGAUUACAAGAGCCCUCUGUCCCGCCCACGCCUGCCGCAUGCAGUCAUGUUGGCCAUCGGAGGCUGGAGUGGCGGCGGUACGACCAAUGGGAUAGAGGCAUAUGACCCCCGCACUGACCACUGGGUCAGUGUAACCUACAAUGACCAACGUCCUCGGGCUUACCAUGGUGUUGCUUUCCUGAACGGCAUCAUCUACUGCAUCGGAGGCACUGACGGCUUUGAAAAGUUCAACAGUGGCCGCAAGUUUGACCUGGGCACCCGCACCUGGCACGAAGUGGCACCCAUGCAUUCACGCCGCUGCUAUGUCAGUGUGGCUGUCCUAAAUGGUUACAUCUAUGCCAUGGGAGGCCAUGACGGACAUAGACGAAUCAAUACUGUUGAGCGCUACAAGCCCAGCACCAACCAGUGGACUUUAAUGGCACCCAUGCAUGAGCAGAGGAGUGAUGCCAGUGCCACAACACUGCAUGGCAAGGUGUUCAUUUGUGGAGGUUUCACUGGAAAUGAGUGUCUGUCAACAGCUGAAUGCUACGACCCUGAGACUGACCAGUGGACACUGAUCGCCCCCAUGGGAACCAGGCGCAGCGGGGUGGGCGUCAUCGCCUACAGGGGGCACAUCUAUGCAGUGGGCGGCUUUGAUGGUGCCAGCCGACUGCGAAGUGCUGAGGCCUACAACCCUGCGAAUAAUGUCUGGCACACCGUGCCCUCCAUGUUGACCCCCCGCAGCAACUUUGGAAUCGAGGUGGUGGACGACCUGCUCUUUGUGGUCGGAGGCUUCAACAGCAUCAUGACCACAUUUCACGUGGAGCGCUAUGAUGACACUGCUGGCGAGUGGUCUGAGGUCCAUGAAAUGGAGAUCCCCCGCAGCGCCGUGAGCUGCUGCGUGUUGCACGGACUUCCCAACAUGGCUGAGUAUGCCCCUCAUCCCGCUGUGGAGGAUGAUGCAGGGGAUCAAGAGAAUCUGUCUAACGCCUAG